AUGCAAAAUGCGAUUGUAAGAGGAUACAUUCGCGCCGCUCUGCCAGAACUAUUCAAUCUUGUUAUAAAAUUUCUUACGAUAAAGGGCAUUAUCAACUUUGGCAUCUUUGAGGACAUACCCAGGCCGUUGGUUCUCAAAAACAUUCCGCUGGAGAAACGAGAAACGACUGUUGUAAUUGGAGCUGGACCAUCAGGAAUUUCUACAGCCAGACAGCUUCAUAACUUUGGAUUCAAUAAGAAGAUUCUAGGGGCGAGGAAGAGAAUAGGAGGACGAGUUCAUGUUUGGGCACCUAAGGUAGCUGCAGGAGCAAUGGUCAUCAACGGCCGCCAAAACAACCCUAUCAUCACCAUGAGUCGUCAAAUCUACCACGAUGUCCACAUCCUCGGAAGCCAAUGA